GAGAGAAGAGAAAGAAAUUUCUCUACAUUUAAUUUCUUGUUGUGUCGCGUAAGAAGCAGUCGAUUAAUUUUUGGCUGCUGCUUAAUUAAUAAUACAAAAGGAGAGACAGUGAAAAGGUGAAAUUUUAAAUUCAUUAUUUCAUGUAUAGGAUUAAUAAUAAACAAUUUAAAUUUUUACAAUACCAAAAACUUUAAUAUUAUGUGUCAAAACUUUCAUUCUUUAAUCUACAUUUAAAUAAGAAAAGUUUUCAAUGUGAAUAAAAGAAAAAAAUUAUAAUACAAUAAAAAGAAGAGAAAAAAAGGAACAAAAAGAAGAAAAAGAAAAGAUAGCGAAGUUAUCAUUAAGGAAGAAAAAAGAAAAUCAUGCUUGAAAUUUUCGAAUUUUUUUAUUUUCGAAAUCGACACGAGAGAGGAAGAAAUUAGAAUUGAGUGUGUGUUUGUGAAAAUACAUUCGACAAAAGCUCCUGUUUUGUAGAAACGACUAAAUAGAGAAAAAAAAAGUUUUUUAUUUCAUACUUUUCUACAGUUGAGUGGAGAAAUUCUGAUGCACUUGUCGUUUAUCGCGAAUCUGCACUCGAUAUAAAACAAAUAAUACAUAAAAGGAAGAAGGAACUUUAUUGCAUUUGCACAAGGAUUUCUAAUAAAACUCAUUUUAAUCAGUAAAUAAAAUUAGAUUUCAAAUUUAAAAAAAAAUAAGGAUAAAAAACAUUAAUAUCUUUAAAGGAGUUAAAUGAUACAUGUAUUAAAGUAAUAUAUUAAGUGUGUGAAAAAGUGAAAGAGAGGAAGAAAGAAAUUAAAACCCAAAUGUCCUUGAUGAAAAUACAACAAAGUGGCAAUUAAAAGAGGAGAUUAAUUUAAACGAAAUAAUAUUCAGUGUAAGUGCACAUAUGUCUAUAUGAUGAUAUGAAAUUUGUGUAAUAGAUAAGCCUUUGUUUUGACAUGAAAUUGGUAAAGAUAAAGAAAAGAGAGUAAGAUAGAAAGAAAGACACAAGAAAAUAAAUCCGAAAAAGAGAAAAUAUUUAUUUUCGAUUCAAUCAAGUAAAAUUGACGAGAAAGCUUGGAACACAGCACAAUAAGCGAAAAGCUUUUAAUACUCUUCUGGUAUUAGUGAUAUGAGGCAUAAACCUACUUCAUUCCAUCAUUGUUGACAAUUAAUUUCUCCAAACCAUGGAGAUGGUUCUUUUCGAAAAAGGUACUUCUGCAUUCAGAGCCUUUUUUAAACGUCCACAAAAGCACCGACACAUAGUACUAUGUUAUAUAGGUUUAUAUACAAUUUUACAAUUACAACUAGUGAGUGCUCGACAUCAUGAUUUAGGGAAAUUAUUAGCCGUCAGUAAAGAUAAUAACCAUAAUGAUAAUAAUAAUAAUUUCAAUGAAAAUGAGUUAAAUAGUUUACAUCUGCAACAGCCAUUAACGAAUAAUAAUGCUCAAAUUAACCAUAGUCGUGAGAAUGAAGAUCUAGUGAAGCACCAGCAAGAUCCACAACAAACAAUACUCAAACAGCCAAUACUAGGACAAAAAAUUACACAGCAAACACCAGGAUCUGAUAUCGGUCCAAGUGGUGCUGUACUUUCAAAGGAUGAUGAUACAUUUUUUACAUUGGACGUUUAUUUAGGUCACGGUGAUGCAGUUCGUGUAGUUGAUCCUGAAUCAGGGAAAUUGGAACGACAAAACGUUGAACAUGAAAUUUCACAUGGAUUAAGUUUAAAUACACCUAUCUUAGGUACUACGUCGACUUCAACGAGACGUCAUACACGACGUGAAUCCAAGGAUGAUGGAGAUGAUAGUGAUCCACUUAUUGUAACGACAGAUAAAGGUAAAGUACGUGGUUUAACUUUAACAUCAUCAACUGGUAGAAAGGUAGAUGCCUGGUUAGGAAUUCCGUAUGCACAAGCGCCUGUUGGUGCAUUGAGAUUUAGACAUCCACGUCCGGUUGAGAAAUGGCAGGGAGUCUUUAACGCCACAAAACCACCAAAUUCAUGUGUUCAAAUUGUCGAUACAGUGUUUGGAGAUUUUCCCGGGGCACUUAUGUGGAACCCAAAUACGGAACUCUCUGAAGAUUGUCUCUACAUUAAUGUUGUGGUUCCCCGACCACGUCCUAAAAACUCAGUUGUAAUGCUAUGGAUUUUCGGUGGUGGAUUUUAUUCUGGUACAUCAACACUUGAUGUUUAUGAUCAUCGAACCUUAGCAGCAGAAGAGAAUGUCAUUGUCGUUUCGAUGCAGUAUCGAGUAGCUAGUUUAGGAUUCCUUUAUUUAGGAACACCAGAUGCACCAGGAAAUUCCGGUCUUUUUGAUCAAAAUCUCGCAUUACGAUGGGUUCGUGAUAAUAUUCAUCGAUUUGGUGGAGAUCCAAAUAAAAUUUGUAUAUUUGGAGAAAGUGCAGGAGCUGUGAGUGUAUCUAUGCACUUAUUAUCACCAUUAUCAAGAGAUUUAUUCCAACGUGCAAUCUUAGAAAGUGGUUCACCAACAGUCCCAUGGGGUAUUGUUACUCGAGAGGAAGCAACCCUAAGAGCAUUAAGACUGGCGGAAGCAGUUUCAUGUCCACACGACCGUAAAAAACUAUCUGAGACUGUAGAAUGUCUGCGAACAAAAGAUCCAAAAGAAUUGGUAGACAAUGAAUGGGGAACACUCGGAAUUUGUGAAUUUCCAUUUGUGCCAGUUGUUGAUGGUGCAUUUCUUGAUGAGACACCAAUAAGAUCGCUGGCAAGUGGACGAUUUAAGAAAACAGACAUUUUGACUGGCAGCAAUAGCGAGGAGGGUUAUUAUUUUAUAUUAUACUACCUUACGGAAUUACUGAGGAAGGAAGAAGGCAUAACAGUAUCGCGAGAAGAAUUUCUCCAAGCAGUACGUGAACUAAAUCCAUACGUGAACGGUGCUGCUCGGCAAGCAAUCAUUUUCGAGUACACUGAUUGGAACGAUCCAGAUAAUCCACAUAGCAAUCGUGAUGCUCUUGACAAAAUGGUUGGGGACUAUCAUUUCACAUGCAAUGUUAAUGAAUUUGCUCAACGUUACGCUGAAGAAGGCAAUAAUGUUUACAUGUAUUAUUAUACACAUCGUAGUAAAAGCAAUCCCUGGCCACGUUGGACUGGUGUCAUGCACGGUGAUGAAAUAAGCUACGUUUUUGGAGAGCCUUUGAAUCCGAAACUUGAUUUUCUUGACGAAGAAAAGCAAUUUAGUCGACGCAUAAUGCGAUAUUGGGCUAACUUUGCUAGAACCGGCAAUCCUAAUCCCGGCUUAAUUGAUGAUUUGCCAGAAUGGCCUAUUCAUACUGCACAAAGCAGACAAUAUUUAGAAUUAAGUAUGAAUUCUUCACACAUCGGACAUGGUCCUCGCUUAAGACAAUGUGCUUUUUGGAAAAAAUAUUUACCAGAAUUGAUAAGACAGACAAGUGAGUAUAAAAAAAGUACAAAUCAAGAACAUUGUAAUACUGUUACCAAUAAAACAUUAAAUCUUUAGUUAACAUUUUUGAUCUAUUAUGAUUUGUUUUAAUCAUC